AUGCACGCCCUUCUGCUAUUCAGUAAGCAAGCAUUUUCCAGCAUUCUUUUGCCGGCAGUGCUGCAAUUAAAUUAUGCGAAAGAAGUGUUGCAGUUGCAGGUGCUGAAUGUAAUCUAUGGCGAUUCAACCGCGGAAGUUUCAGGUGCCUCGAAGCCAGCCUUUGUGCCCUAUCUGCCACCACAGAUUAAAGCACGGGCUCAGCUCAGGAAUCAAACAUGUAAGAUGUUUUUUAGCAAUGCUCCUCUGAAGUUUGCCGUUGCAGUGAAUGCGGAGUCGGAACAAGCAACACGUGAACGCAAUCAGGACGCCAUCCGCCAGCGUCAGCGCGACAUGAUAAACGAGCAUUUCCAUCGACCAGACGACGGCCUGCGUUACGGCAGAGGAUGUCAGGAACCAUUCGGAUACCAGGAACCCGGAACGUGGGCCGACCAAAAAUACUACGAAUAUUAUGAAUAUCUAUGCAAGGUCAGUCGCCGUAGUUUAAAAAAUUAA